AUGCACCUCCACUUCACGCUGGUCUUCUGUGAUGACGUGGUACUUCCCAAGAUGAUGCUGCUCAUUCGUACAACAGCAGAAUAUUGCCUCCACUUACAACUGUACAGAGACCCGAAGGACCGAUACAAGAAGGGCCAGACUAAAGCAUCACUUUCACUGCAACACUUCCUGGGGUUUGAAUCUGGAUUCACCCUGGACAAGGAAUCGAACACAAUUGCUAUAAUAUGCCAAGAUGUUACAGUUGUUCUCGCUUUCGAGUCCAGGGAGAGGCUUAUAUCCUGGCAAGUAAAGGUCGGGGGCCAGUUGGGUUCUUCGAAGGAAUACCUGGUGAUGAUAGGAGCGGGGGGUUCAAGGAAGCUCCCCGCUGGACCGGCGCGCUUGCAUCUCCAAGGCAGGAGGUUUGCUCUCACGAGCGGUGUACCGCCUCGUCUAUUGGGACUGUGGGAGAUAGGACACUUGAGGCGGUAUGGAGUGGCAGAAGGCCGCUUUUGCUUCGAAGGGGGUUCACACUGCGGAAAAGGCGAAGGUUUGCAUUUGCUUAUCACUGAUCAAGCCCAAGACAUAACAGAUGCGUUCGACCAAGCGGCACAAGGGAAUUUUUCUCUUCAACGUCCACCCAUAUCUAGAAUUGGCGCUGAGCGUAACAAGUCUAGACCAAAUACUCGCCUUUCCGAUAAAAAUCCAGGCGAUCAAUCCAUACCGGAUUCCGCUAGUGGUCUGUACGAGGAGAACUUCUUUGGCGAAGACUGUGGAGAACCAUCAAACUUUUGGCCAUCUGAUGAGAGACAUGGAGCCAAUGAUCACGAGUUCAAGCCCGAAAUGGAAAUAGCUGCGGAGCCACCCUGGACUGGAGCAGAUCAUGUUACUCUGGAGCGUUGCAACAAUUGUCUUACAAAACUUGGCGUGAUGACUCGUUCAUCGACCGUGGCGAUAACUCCAAAUAGUCACUUUAAUCCCGCUUGGACAAUGGAAUCGGUUCCGGAGAGUGGCUCUGAUAAUUCUUCAAACAGUGCUGAAUACUUAACCCCAAAAACUACCAGAAAAAUGCACGAGGCUUGUCAGUGUCAGGAACGACCACCUCAAAGGCCCCCCAAACCUCCUCAAUUUGAUCAAAAGAAACCACCAGCUCCAUUGCCUGUACAUAGUUGUGCGUGUAUAGUCAAUGACAAUUACACAAUUAACAAUUCAAAGAUUGGUCCUUACGAAAAUUAUGACGUUCCUAAAACAGCUCAUACAGAGGUUGAUAAUGUUCCUGCCAAAUCUUCGUCUGCUGAGGCUGAAGUACCGGUUUUGCCACCAAAACAAUUUAAAGGCGUAAUGGACACGCACAGCACAUCAAGCGGUACUUCUGAUAUGUCCGACUAUAUAGAAACUUUAUCUUUAACAUCCUCGCAUUCAUCAUCCGACACUCCGACAGGUUUAAGGCUCAGCCGCCAGCCAACAAGCACCCUGCGACCUCGCUCUGGCAAAGAAUAUCACAACAGAGAUCCAAUUCUCACGUCAAUGUUCAAGAACGGUAAAGACCUAACUAAUUAUGGUAACAUUCAG